AGCGCUCAGUUAAGAGGAGAACGUCGAGCGCACAGCAGCAGGCCAUUCAAGCGAUUCCACACAGAAUAUACUAUAAAUAGUUGCAGCUAAAAACCACCAAGGCAAACUCAAGUCGGGCAAAGAUUUAGUUCGAAACGGAAACAAAGCUCGAGAAGUGCAAAUAAUUAAAGGUAGUUAGUUAAAGUGUACACGUGUGUGCCUUUGGGUUUUUAAAUACCCAGAGUGCUUGGCCAACAUAAUGAGUGCAUGAGAAAAAAAAUAAAUUUCGUGGCUAACGCUGCGUAUACUUAAUGUGGUUUAACAAUAUGUACAUUUUAUAUAUAUGUAUCUAAAACUGGGCAUCUAGCCUUGCUUUACUUUAAUUUCUAUGCUCCCCUGAGCAUUCUUUAAUGCCUAAAUUUUCCAACUUUUGGUAUCUGCAUGUUUGUGUAUCUAUUAAAAUUUGUUUUUGUGUGCUUAUUUGCUGGCAACAAGUCGCCAUCUCAAUGCCAACUUGUUUGAGUUGAUAAAAUGUGAAUUGAGAAAAAAAUAAUCCAGUAACAAUUAAUGCAAGAAUGCAUUAAACAUUCUAAUUAUCAUAUUCGUUAACAGUUCAUACUUAAGCAAAGCAUUCAAGCAAAACAAAAACACUUUAAAGUAUUCUCUUCAUUUUAAUACUAUGUAAUUAACAGUUUGGUUCAUUAUUAAGUAAGCACUAACCAUACAAAUCGCAACUGCUAAUGAUAAGCACUAUCUACAAAUAACCCAACAGCACCAUUUUAAUAAUCGCACAUGUUCCCUUCUAUCAGCACUAAUCACUUGAAUCCAUUAUAAAAAAAAAAACUUCACCAAACUUAAAAUGAGCAAAUUGCCCACUAAUAACAUUAGCCCAUCAAAACAAAGUAAUGGUAAUGGUAUAGCUAACAUUUUGGAAGAUAAGCUGGAUCCCAAGGUUUCGAUCGACAUGGAGGCACCGGAGUUCAAGGAUUUUGCCAAAACAAUGGUGGAUUUUAUAGCAGAGUAUUUGGAGAACAUACGCGAAAGGCGCGUUCUGCCGGAAGUGAAGCCCGGGUACCUGAAGCCCUUGAUUCCGGAUGAGGCGCCCGAGAAGCCGGAGAAGUGGCAGGAUGUGAUGGAAGACAUCGAACGCGUCAUCAUGCCGGGAGUGACCCACUGGCACAGUCCCAAGUUCCACGCCUAUUUCCCCACGGCCAACUCGUAUCCAGCGAUUGUGGCCGAUAUGCUGAGUGGUGCGAUUGCCUGCAUAGGAUUCACCUGGAUCGCCAGUCCUGCGUGCACGGAACUGGAAGUGGUCAUGAUGGAUUGGCUGGGCAAGAUGCUGGAUUUGCCCGCUGAAUUUCUGGCCUGUUCGGGUGGCAAGGGAGGCGGUGUCAUCCAGGGAACGGCCAGUGAGUCCACAUUGGUAGCUCUUCUGGGAGCCAAGGCCAAAAAGGUGAAGGAAGUCAAGGAGCAGCAUCCGGAGUGGGAUGAGCACACCAUUUUGGGCAAACUGGUGGGCUACUGUUCGGAUCAAGCUCACUCCUCCGUGGAGAGGGCUGGUCUUCUGGGAGGUGUAAGGCUACGUUCGGUGCCCUCGGUAAAUCACCGGAUGCGUGGUGAUGCUUUGGACAAGGCCAUCGAAGAGGAUCUGGCCAAGGGUUUGAUUCCCUUCUAUGCCGUCGUUACGCUGGGCACCACCAACUCCUGUGCCUUCGACUACCUGGACGAGUGUGGACCCGUGGGCAACAAGCACAAUGUGUGGAUCCAUGUGGAUGCCGCCUAUGCCGGUUCCGCUUUCAUUUGCCCCGAGUAUCGCCACCUGAUGAAGGGUAUCGAAUCGGCAGACUCCUUCAACUUCAACCCACACAAAUGGAUGCUGGUGAACUUCGACUGCUCGGCCAUGUGGCUGAAGGAUCCCAGUUGGGUGGUCAACGCCUUCAAUGUGGAUCCUCUGUAUCUAAAGCACGAUAUGCAGGGAUCAGCUCCGGAUUACCGCCACUGGCAAAUCCCAUUGGGACGUCGUUUCCGCGCCUUGAAGCUCUGGUUCGUCCUGCGACUCUACGGCGUGGAGAAUCUCCAGGCGCACAUCCGUAGGCAUUGCAACUUUGCCAAGCAAUUCGGUGAUCUCUGCGUGGCGGACUCCAGAUUUGAACUGGCCGCCGAGGUUAAUAUGGGACUGGUCUGUUUCCGGUUGAAGGGCAACAACGAGCAGAAUGAAGUUCUGCUGAAGCGUAUCAACGGACGCGGCAACAUUCACAUGGUUCCUGCCAAGAUCAAGGAUGUGUACUUCCUGCGUAUGGCCAUUUGUUCACGUUUUACCCAAUCCGAGGAUAUGGAGUACUCCUGGAAGGAGGUCAGUGCCGCUGCUGAUGAGUUGGAAAAGGAGAAGUAAUGUGGUUGUACGAGGGUCUGUUUCGGGUUUUAUCUAUAAAAGAAAAUAUAACAAUUUCAUUAUAAUAAGAUGUUAAAGAAUGGACCAAGCUACCACAAGUAUUUCGACUUUAAAGUAAAGUAUUUUAAUGUGACAUCAUUUGAAAUUAAUAGCGGAACAGACCUUUAACUAUAACUCAUUUGCGACAUGUUUAGGGAAUUUACAUCGCAACAAAAGAUGGCAGGUUUACUCUCCUCCAUCGCUUCAUUAGUAUUUAAGUGUCCUAUCCUCGUAUUGUUGAUGUUGUUAAUGCUUUUAUUGUUAACGUUAUACGCAUAAUUAAAACAUAUUGUAUUCUGCUUAAAAAUACAAACGAUUGUAACUAUAAAUUUUGACUAGUUUGAUUCUAAGCCGAUACUUUAUACAAGAGAUGUUGGGCGGCCGAGAGACCUGCGAGUCCAGCGCCGAUUACCCUAUCCAGGCAUUCUGGCGACAAUACAUUUUCAAGAGAUUUUAUUUAAUGAUUCAAAAACUUCAUUAAACUUUAUUUAUAAAAACGUGUUAAACUAA